AUGGCCAAACUAAUCGAAAGACUUGUGCCAACCAUUUCACUGAAGGACUAUGAAAGUCGCCAGGCGGAAAUCGAGGCGCAGCUGGUUGCAGCCGCGGAAAACACGGGGUUUUUCAGUCUAGUUGACCACGGAAUCACAGUCGAAGAGAUCGAGGGCAUGUUUGCACUCUCCAAGCGAUUUUUCGACCUGCCCAAGGAGGUCAAGGCUAAGACUUCUUAUGAUGUGUCAACGAACAAUGGCUGGGAGUACAAGGCCCAAGUUCGUGCGAGUACUGGCCAAGCUGACGAGAAAGAGUCGCUUUGGAUGCAGCGUAACUCUAACUGGCCCAGUGACGAAGACGUCGCCGGCUUCCACGCGACUCUGUCCUCAUUCAUCGCGAAGUGCGAGGUAAUUUCCGACAGAGUUUUAAGGUGCUUUUCCGUAGCCCUCGGCUUCCCGGAAGACUUCUUCAAGCAAGCGCACGAUGUUACCAAGCCAGACUGCCUCACACAAUUCCGCUUUUUGCACUACCCUGCGUCGACUGAUGCUGUAGGGACAUGGCGUGCCGGUACUCAUACCGAUAUCGGAUGUCUUACUCUACUCUUCCAACGUGAUGGCGAGGACGGUCUAGAGAUGUGCCCGGGUCGCGAGUCACACCACAGCAUGGCAGCAGGCGAUGAGUUCUCCCCCGUUCCCGCCAAAACCGGUCCAAUUCUCGUCAAUAUUGGCGAUAUGCUAAUGGCCUGGUCCGACGAUCGCUUCAAGGCGAACUUCCACAGGGUGCGGGCGAAGGACGCUGGCUUUUCGCCAGACAGGUAUUCCAUUGCAUACUUUAAUACUCCCCGAAAGGACUUUAUUCUUCAGGGACCUUUGAAGAAAUAG